CCCUCAUUUCUUUGUCGUCAUCUCCAUUCCACUCUUUCUUUAAACCCAACCAUUCCCUUUCAACAUCACAAUGAAUCAUCGCUGACACUGAUCGUUCACUAUAAUAUUCCUUAUUCAAUUCCGACCGAGUUUCAUACCGAGUCCACUCACUCACCAUGAGCCGAUUCAGGCGAUUUCAGCUCAUUGAACAGCCAUUCCCGUUAUGCUACUCCUCACCCUUCCAAACCCUAACAUUCCCCUCCUUUCUCGAGCACUCUCUUGACCUUGAUCUCGACCUGUUGCUAGCUCCUAGCUCUUUCGACGCGGAUCUGCUUCACGCGCCGUCGUUGGCCUACCGCCGCGUGGAGAGCCAGAUCGAGACGGAGUUGCGCUUGCAGAGCCUGGGUGACCGGGUCGCGGAGCUGGAGUCGCGGUUUGACCGUCUCAUCAGCGGCGAUCGGAAGUACACUUGGACCGCGGAGAUCAAGGGAGCGGAGAAGAAUGGGUUUGACAGGAAGUACAAGUGGGUUGCGGAGAUCGUUGAGGAAGAGAAGAAGAAGAAGAAGAAGCAGCAGCAGGUGAAGAAGGUGGUGAAGGAUAAGAAUGUGACGUGGACGAUUCAGCUGGAGAGUGAGGGUGAGGAGGAAGAGAGGAAGAAGAAGUUGGUGAAGGGUGUUGCGAAGAACGUUAAGUGGACGGCUGAGAUCUCGGGAAAAGGGAAUAACAGUGGGAACUCUAGGAAGUACACGUUUCAGGUGGAAAGUGGAGAUGCUGAGAAAAAGGAGAAGUUGAAGGAGAAGGAGAAGGAGAAGAAGAAGGGAAAUGGGUUGCGCAUUGUGGAGAUUCACGAGCCAAGUAAUCAUAGAGACGUGGUUUUGAGACAGGCAUUUGCGAAGAGGUUUGGAGCUGUGCAAAAUGAUAGGGGCAAAAGGAAGGAUUUCUCUCCUCAAGAUGCUGCUUUGUUGAUCCAGAUCAACUUUAGAGCUUACUUGAUCCGUAGGUCAAAAGCUCUCCGGGCCCUUAGAGAACUGGCUGUUGCAAAAUCUAAAUUGAAGGAAAUCAGAGCCCAGUUCAAUAACUUUUCUUACCGACGUCAUGUAGCUCGUGAUGCAGAGGAGCGCCAGCGAUUUUCUGAGAAAAUCAUCGUCUUGCUUCUCACUGUUGAUGCCAUUGAGGGAGCUGAUAUUAUGGUAAGAUCAGCGAAGAGGUCAAUGGUGGAUGAGCUAGAAGCAAUGAUUGAUGUGGUUGAUCCCCAGCCUGGUGGAAGAUCAGUAUCACUCUCUUUCAAAAGAAGGACAUUUGAUAUGCCCGAUGGAGUCAUCCGGAAGGAAAUUGAAGAAGGAGUUGCACAGGUUGUGCAAAUGCUUGAAGAAGCAGAGAAUAGCAGCAACACCUUUGAAGCAUAACUGUGAGAUGAAAAACGUAAUAUUAUCCUAGUAUUCCAUGCUUUCCUUCCGCCGUUGUCGUUUGUUGGUAGAAGUAUUUUAGUCUAUGUUUGAAAGACUUCUAAAUUUAGGCUUUUCAUCCAAUCGUUGUUUCUCUGAACUUUUUGGCACAUUCUGAAUGGAAAGAUUGACUAGUGUUGGAGCUUUUUUCUUUAA